CCAAAUAUAAAACAAGAAAGAAUGGUUGCAUCACGCGCACACGCGCACCAAAGCCAAGCCCAGCUCUCGACAGUCGACACCACCACAGAGCGCGCACGCACCAAGCCGCGCGCACACACGCACCUCGCGGCGGUAGCGGGAGUGGAUCGAUGGGGAGCAGCGGGGGCAGCUGCGAGCACUUCCUGGGGCAGCUGAGCUCGAGCGACGGCGGCAGCGCGCCGCACCAGCUGCUGCAGCGGGAGUGGGACUGCGGCACCGGCACCGGCAGCAGGCGUGGGUCGCGGCGCUGGUCCAGGAAGAAGGGCAGGGCGCGGGGACACCGCCGCGGCGGCGGGUUCUGCAGGACUGAGGAGGCCGCGGCGGCGUCGCGGAAGCGGGUGGUGGUGGUGGUGGACCAGAGCUCCGGCGCCAAGCACGCCAUGAUGUGGGCGCUCACCCACGUCGCCAACAGGGGCGACUUCCUCACCCUGCUCCACGUCCUGCCGCCGCACAGCGGGAGCGGCGGCGGCGGCCGCGGUGCUGGGGAGGAGGACGCCUCCGCGCUCGCCAACUCCCUCGGCGCGCUUUGCAAGGCCUGCAAGCCUGAGGUGGAGGUGGAGGCGCUCGUGAUCCAGGGGCCCAAGCUGUCGACCAUCCUCAGCCAGGUGAAGAAGCUGGAGGCGUCCGUGCUGGUGCUCAGCCAACGCAAACCCUCGCCUUUCUGCUGCUUCCUGCGGAGCAGGAGCAGCAGCGAGGAGGAGGAGCUGGUGGAGGAGUGCAUAAACCGGGCGGAGUGCCUGACGCUGGCGGUGCGGCGGCGGAGCAAGGGCGUGGGCGGCUACCUCGUGAGCACCCGGUGGCAGAAGAACUUCUGGCUGCUCGCCUGACCGGUCCACGAGGACUCCCCCUCCUCAUCCUCAUCCUUUGACGCAACGCAAGAGUUUUACUUACUUCCCGGGCUAAUCGUUUUUACAAAGUCCAAUAAUAAGUAACCACCACCACCACCACUACUGCAUCUGUUUGUUGAUCUGUAACCUCCAGUGUCCUAGGGUGUGUGCCAGCCAGUGUGCGUGUGCCUGAUCCUCUCUCUCUCCCCACGAUGUGGUGCUGUAUUCUAUGUAUCGUCUUGGUUUAGCUGUGCUGCUGUAGCCUGUAGAGUGUAAGCUAGCUGUUGUGUAGUGAAGGCACGCAGAAGCUGAGCCGAUCCGUUUGCCCUGUCUGUUCUGCGGGAAUCUGUCUGUUUUGCAGAGCGGGGAUGCAGAGGCGCGGGACGGGGACGUCAGUAC